AUGCGUCGCCUUACUGGUAACUUUCUUCUUCAUCAUCUUCUUCGUUCUGCAAAUCCCCAAUCUUCAAUCAUAUACUCUGUAUUUCAAUUUCAAUUUCAGUUUCAGUUUCAGUUUCAUUUCCGAAAUUACUCAAAUCAUGCACAUGAAAUCGAUACUUUUGUUGAUCGUCAAUUAUUUAUCAAUCAUGUAAGAGACCAAUGUAAAUUAGGGUUUUCCGACAUGAAUAUCCCCCUUUCCCUUUUUCGUCAAAUGACUUCUGUACGACCUCUUCCUUCAAUCAUUGAUUUCUGUCAAUUAUUCACUGCAAUGUCUAAAUUGAAACGCUUGCAACCUCAUUCCACCAUUAUUGCUCUCUUGAGGGAGCUUGAGUUAUUGGGUAUUCGGCCCGAUAGGCAAUCAUUGGGUAUUCUUGCUAAUUGUUAUUGUAAUUUAGGUCGUGUCGAUUUCGGGUUUUCUCUUAUGGGUAAAUGCCUUCAGCUUGGAUAUAACCCUAAUUGUGUUACAUAUAAUACUUUGAUUAAUGGAUUUGUUCUUGGUGAUAAGUUGCCUUUAGCUAAUAAAUUGUUGGAUAAGAUUGUUAAUCAAGGGUUUCAACCUAGUAUGGCUACAUAUGCUGCUUUGGUUAAAGGGCUUUGUAGGAUGGACCGAAAAGCGGGUGCUAUUAAGUUGCUUAGUAGAAUGCAAUCGGGUCCUUUUAAGCCUUGUAAGUUUAUGUACACCACCAUUAUCGAGAGUCUUUGUAAGGACGGGUUGUUAAACGAGGCCUUGGAUUUGUUUGCCAAUAUGAAAAGUGAAGGUAUUACUCCUGAUGUUGUUACGUAUGCCUCCUUGGUUCGAGCCAUCUAUAAUUCUGGCUCUCGGAAAGAGGCUAAGCGUAUGUUGGAUGAGAUAUUAGAUAGCAACAUAGGGCCGGAUGUUCAGACCUUUACUACGCUGGUUGACAUGUUUUGUAAAGAUGGGUGUAUUAAUGAAGCAGAAGCGAUUUUGCAGUACAUGAUUGAGAGAGAUAAGGCUCCAGAUAUCGUUACUUACAGUGCAUUACUUCAUGGAUAUUGUUCGCGUUUUCAGAUGGGAGAUGCCGAGAAGCUACUUGAUCUCAUGGCUCAAAAGGGUUGUGAACCUGAUCUUGUCAUUUUGAGCACUAUGAUUAAAGGUUAUUCCAAAAUUGGAAGAAUUGGGAAGGCCCGCAGCUUAUUCCAAGAGUUUUAUAAGAGAGGGAUAAAACCUGAUGUUGCUGCCUAUACCACUCUUAUCAAUGGCCUGUGUAAAGCAAAAGAAUUCAAGGUUGCAAGGAACUUAUUCUAUAAAAUGCAAGAACGUGGCAUCCCUCCAAAUGUUGUCACCUAUGCUUCAUUGUUUGAUGGCCUAUGCAAAAGUGAUAGUACUCACGUGGCAAUGAAAAUGUUGGAAGGUAUGGAAAGAAAGGGUGUUCAGCCUGAUAUCACCAUCUACAAUAUCCUAAUUGGCAGCUUGUGUGAGGCUGAACGGUAUGAUGAUGUGUCGAAGUUGUUAUCUGAUCUUGCAUCCAAGGGUUUGGAAGCUGAUGUUGAAACAUUCAAUAUAAUGAUCAAUGUCUUCUGCAAGAAAGGGCUCAUGAAUGAAGCAAUUCAGUUACUGACUGAAAUGGAGGAAAAAGGCUGCUAUCCCAAUAGUGAAACCUAUGAUAAUAUUGUUAGAACAUUUAUUCACAAGAAUGACUUAUCGAGUGCAUUAUACUAUCGGGAUGUUAUGGUUGACAAGGGAUUUGAAGCUGGUGCUAAGAAAUUGCCGUUAAAGAACACUCUAAGAGAUAGAAUCAGAAAUGAGGCUAUUCGCAAGAAAGUAGGUGUGACAGUGCUACAAUACAUGCAUGAAUUCUUCUGCAUUUGGGUUCUUUCAAAUGAAGUUCCAACAGGCAAAAGUUUUAAGAUAAAUCGAUCUGGCGGUGCUACCGAAGUUUCAGAUUCUGAAUCUUCUAUAAAAAGCAAGCAAUUGUAG